GCUAAAUCCUUUGCUUACUUCAAAUUGCGCUUUUCUCCCCUACUUCUCCCCUGUGGCUCAGACCAAUUUCCUGUUUGUUUACAUCUUGACGCAAUAAUGGCAGUGUAUGUUUGGGCGUUGAUAUCAAUUGUAACUGCAAUUAUCGGGUACCGAGCCUCGCAGCAGCUGCAGAAGCCCGCUCCCGUUGCCAAUGCCAAGGUGAUUAUCGUCGGGGCUUCGUCGGGGAUCGGCCGCAGCCUGGCUCUGGGCUAUGCACGGCGUGGUGCCGAUCUCAUACUGUGUGCGCGCCGGGAAGACAAGCUGGCAGAGGUGGCCAGCGAGUGCAGACUGCUGUCCAGCCGGCACGCCAAGCUGGUUAUUGGAGACGUAACAACGACCAAGACGCAGAGGGAGAUUGAGCGGGCGGUAGUUGAAAGGUUCCGCGGCAGGCUGGACUACCUGGUGCUCAAUGCCGGGGCAAUCUCGGUUCUGCCGGUUGAGGAGCUGUGGGAUUCCGGUUCCACAGACCGCGACGCGGUAGGAACGCGCGCCGACGAGGCUCUGCGAAAGAUCAUAGAGAUUAAUGCGUUUGCGCCGAUCAACAUUGCUGGCCGGCUGAUGCCGAUGCUAAUUGCUAGCAAGGCGCGGGUGGUCGUGGUGUCGUCGAUGGCUGGCUUGAUUGCGGCGCCCACGCGCAGCCUCUAUUCGGCCAGCAAGCACGCAGUGACGGGAUUCUUCAAUGCGUUCCGGAUGGAGGUCGAGCGUCACGGAGUAUCGGUAACUCUUGUGUUCCCUGGCACUGUUGACACCGAGCUGCGCAAGUCGGCAGUAGACGCUGGAGGCAGGGCAGAGGUGGCCGGCUCGACCAAGGGAAAGCUGUCGGCCCAGGUGUGUGCCGAGCAAAUCAUCGAGGCUGGCGCCCUGCGUCGCAAGACGCUGAUAACGCCGUUCAAGUACUGGAUCAGCACAGUGCUGUAUGCAUUUGCGCCCGACCUGGUUGAGCGCCUGGCCAAGGACAAGUACGGCUAUGCAUGAAUGUCCGGAAAGGUCCCUUUUAGACGAUUGUCUCUAUGUUUGUUUUAGACAUUGGAAUGCACUUUGACAGUAUCAAUAAGCAGCAAAUGGUUUGGGC